AUGUUUUUUAUGUUUAGAACAAGUCGUGAUGUGUACAAGGAACCUAAAACGUUCCGUAACAUAAGAGUAAUAACGGCUACGAUAGUAGUACUUACGUAUUUAGCAUAUAUAUUAUUCUUGCUCUUUCAAGUUUGGAGUGAUAAACCGGUUAUUCAAAUUGCAAAUGAGGAAUUAUCUUUUAUUGAAAUGCCAAACAUAGAAAUUUGUGGCUACGGAAGCGACAUAGAAAUUACUCGUUGUGAUUUCACGAAAAAAGAUUGGUCGGAUAUUGUUCACCCGAAAUGUGCAAAAGACAAUGGUGGCUCAUACCUGCUUACAAAACCUGUCGUAAAUCUAAGUUAUUGUUAUGUAUUUAUGGGUAACGGAUCACUUUUCUUUUCGAAAGAUAACAACGACAACGAUAAUAUACUUCAGCAGAUAAUUGUUUAUUUUAAGAUUUUGAAUUUGACCGGCGCUGAAAGCGCUUCAUUAAGUGUUCCGACUGUGGCGGUUCAACUAUUAGAUCCAUCUUUUGAUCCACUUACCGGUAAAGUUCGUGAUAGUGACAUGGGGAAAGAUGUUGAAGAUAAUCUUCGACUUCAGUUAAACAAUUUCGCAGGAAUUCAAAACUUUUCAACAUCAGUUAAAAUGACAAAAUCGGUAUAUCGUGAAAUUCCACCGCGAGACGUCAACAGUUUAUUUGGCCUAAAUCCGAAAUACAUAAAUAUUACGACUAUAACUGCCUAUGCUCAAUACUAUCCGUUACACAGUAAUCCUAAUUUCACUGCUGACACGGACACAGGAUUUUUUCAAAUAUCAGCUGGAAGUUUUUUACAACAAGUUCAAACAGAAAAACGAGUAAGAAAUUUGUUUAGCGCUCUUGGAGUUGCAGGCGGUGGUUUCAGUGCUAUUUGUGUCAUAUAUAUCGUGUUGUUUGGUGAUAGGAAAACAAGACCAUGGGGUUUAAUGCACUACAUAGUAAGAUCAGAAGUAGAACAAUUUGGUCAUAUGGAUAAUAUUCCACUUCUCCCCCAAGAAGACGGCAAAACAACCCUGACUUCUGAAGAAAGACUUGCACGGAUGGAGGAUCGUUUCAAAGUACUAGAAGAGAUAUUAGGAGACUAUUUUUUUGAUAUUGCACCGUUGAAAAGUUUUAAACAAAGACAUUCAAAGUAA